UAAAAAAGAAAGCUCUGAAUAAAAUUGAGGCAAAAACCCAACGAUAAUCUCAAUCCCUCUCUUCUUCCAAUUUCAUUCUCUCUCUCUCUCUCUCUCUCUCUUAAUAAUAAGCACAAAGCUUUCAUCUUUCUCUGUCAGAAUUCAGAUCCCUAUUCCCUCUUUUGAGCCUCAUCAAUUCCGUCUCUCACGGGCUUGUUUGAACUUUGAAACGGGUUUGGUGUUUGGACUUUGAAAUGGGUUUGGUUUCUGCUUUUUAAUUGCAUCCGUUGGUGAAUUUCGGAUUUCUGGGCUUUUGUUCAUGAUCAUAAGGGUCUCCGGUCCAUGUAGCUUGCAGACCUUGCUGUAGUCUGCCAUGGCGCUCUCAUGUUUUCUUUUAUUGAUAUUAUCAGGGGACAUAUCUUCUGGCAAGCUUGACAUUGAAAUUGAAUGCUUUAUAUGGUCCUCUUGUUGUUUUAAUAGGGUAUAUAUUCUGUCAUCAUAGGUUUCCAUCUGAAUGGGACAGAGGAAUAUGCCAUGCAUUAAUCAGAUGAUUGAAAUGGAUCAACAAGGACAAGGUUAUUUCUAUCCGCCCGCCAUCAAUUUAGGGCAUACAACAAACUUCCAGCAGCCAAAUGUUCGAACAAUGGAGACAGCUUCACGGAGCAGCACUAAUUUCGAAAUCCCAUUUGUUCCCGAACGUUACGACAAUACAGUGUUUUAUGGAAUGACACAAUACAAUGGUGUGCAUCACCACCACCACCAUAAUCUUGAUUUAAAUGUUGCUGCUCCUGGCAAUGUUUACUACGCAUUCAUGCCUCCAUCAAGUGGUGGGGUGUUACCGGUUCCUCUAAAUCACGGUGCCUCUGAUCAAAUGCCAUCUUCUAGUAAUUAUGGAGUAGGCGGUGGCAUUUCUGCAGAAGAGUAUGGAAGAACUAAUCACUUUAUUGAUGGUGCUAGAGGAGGUCCUUGCAAGAGAAAACUUCCUGAAGGUGUCCAUGGAAAUUACCAACAUUUUAAUGCCUCUGCAACCCCGAGUUCUUCAGUUCCUCCUUUGAACGCAAGACAUCCCGGCGGGGUUGCUGUAUCUGAUCCAUCCUCUUUUCCCUUGCCUCCUCAUUACAUGGGAAAUGGGAUUCCGUCAAUAAUGGAAGUAGGACCUCAGAAUGGUUCAAGGAACAGAUUGGUUGCAGCUGGGCUGGAUUGUGCUGUGAUGCAUGACCAUAACCAUAACCAUCUUGCUCAAGGAAACUAUGCGGGACAGCACUUUCAGCCAUCUGGCAUAUGGUUGGAACAACACAUAAGCAGCAAUUCCGGGGAUGGAAGUGCUCAAGCUUGGAAUCAGGCCCCUAAUUUAUCUUUAAUGCAUGGCAACAAUCUCAGCGUUGGUUCUAUGGAGACUGCUGCAAAUAUGGGUAUGCAGAGAUAUCAUGAAGCAGUUAACAGUAGAAGUUCCCAAAGUCUACGACAACCUCUAUCAGUAAACCACCAUCAGACUCACCAUGCAUUACCACCACCUAUGCUAGGACCUAGAAAUCAUAAUAACUCUGCUGCAGCUUCACACAGAUUUUCCUCAAAUUCCUCUCGCAGCAAUACAAGUUCAUCCCAGAAUGGUUUGGAGAUAGGUCACAGACAUGCCGGGUCUGUUCCACCGACUGGCAUUAGGAUAUACCGGCCGCAUCGAGGAAUCACUCCUGAUAAUAACACUUUGAGACAGCAACAUCUUGCUCAUUUGAGAAUUCUGCAUGCUGAUGAGGUUGCCAUACUGGAGCUUCCAGACUUAUAUGAAGUAGGAGAAUUUCCUGAUCACCACAGUGACAUGCGCUUGGAUAUUGAGGACAUGUCAUACGAGGAACUUCUUGCAUUAGGGGAGCGGAUUGGUAAUGUGAAUACCGGGCUAUCAGAGGACACCAUUACGAGUCAAUUAAAGACAAGGGCUUAUUUAUCAUCCAGAAUGAGAUUGAACUUGGAGGAAGCAGAAUGUCAUUACAAGGAAGAUGAUUGUUGCAUUAUUUGCCAGGAUGACUAUAAAAGUCUUGAGAAGAUUGGAAUACUCAAUUGUGGACAUGAGUACCAUGCGGAGUGUUUAAAGAAAUGGUUACUUAUAAAGAAUGUGUGCCCUGUGUGCAAGUCUGAAGCGUUGAGCACUUGAAGGGGUGUGAUAAUUAUGAUGAUGAUGAUGAUGAUGGUGAUGAUGAUGAUGAUGUGUAUAGGGUUGACUUAAUGGGUGAGCAAAAUUGAAAGACUUGUCCUUUUGUUCUCUUUAUAAUUAGUUUAUUUGUUAUAUAAACAGUGUUGAUACUUUUGUAAUGCAACACUUUGCAUAUACAUAUGAGUCUAUGACCAACAGUAACAUGUCCAGCUCAUUUAUCGGUUGGUUGCCAAACAUUUGUACCUGUAUUUAUCCAAGAUGUACAGAUUUUUUUUCUC